AUGGUCAAUAGAUUUUUGACUAGAUACCGAGUGCAAUUUACUCAAUCCGUGCAAGAUACUGGCACGAAGGGGCCUCCACGAGAGCCGUUUGUACAAAGCCAUGUGUGUAAAUGCGACAUUUCAAAGUGUCUAUCAGUCACAGGUUUUGGAGUGUCAUUUUUACACGAUUUAUACGUGGCCAAAAUAUCUAGACAGUCAAAAUGCUGUUACAACGACAUAUCAGCGGUUACUGUUGCUGGGGGCGCGGCGCCGCUCUACUUCAUAGGCUCUGCUACGGGUUCAAUUGCAAUUGGAGACCUAAGAACAACUGACAAAAAGGGAAAUUGCCUAUUUCAGUUGGAAAAAUGCCACAAUGAUGAAAUCAACACCCUGUAUAACAUGAAAUUUAGGGAUUAUGUGUUAAUUUCGGCCUCUAAAGACGGGUACUUGAAGUUGUUUGAUUUAAGAUACCCGUGCAAAAUGCAGAUGAGCCAAAAUCAUCACCAAGGACUUCCAUUAUCAACUUUCAGACUAACUAAAUCGUACUCAAAUAUGCAAUUCAGUGUAUCACCUGAUGAACGCAUAUUAUCCGUGUCUAUUGAUGAAGAGGCAUUAAUUUGUACACUCGAUAAUCAAAUUGGAAUUAUUAAAUCCUGUAACGUGGAAUCUGGAAAUAUUACAAAGACCCAAUUCUCAGACAACAGUACUACACUAUUUAUAUCCCUAAUCAACGAUGUGGAUAGGAACUGUGAAUUGGUUGCUUGGCAUUUAAUGUCGCAAAAUUUCGUAACAUGGCAAACAUAUUCUCUGUCUUCUAACACAACAGAUAUCUUUUAUGAUUCAGUGGAUGAGGAUUCAAAAACACCAUUAUUACAAAACCGCAAAUGUUUUAAGGAUGAUAAGCUGGCAUUCACAUUGAUGGAUGAACAAUGCAUCAUAUCUACUACACAUGGCACGUAUCAUUAUCUGGAUACUUUCGACGGACAAACUGGAAAACACCUAUCCACAACGUUAUCUCCAAUGCAUAACUAUCGCCAAACACAUUUAGAAGCACAUCCUAAAAAAUUGCUAAUAUCUAGUCAUUAUAAUGCUAGUGUUAAUAAUACAAAUGACGACAAGAAUUAUAUUAAACUAGUCACACAUCAAAUGGUGGAUUAUAUGGAUGCCGAAGUGAUUAUUCCGAAUCACUGUCAUCCCAUUUGCGCCGCUGUAUCUACGUGA